AGCAGUCUGGUUAGUCGUCAUCAGUCGAAGCGCCUGAAGCAGCCCGGUGAUCGAUACGGUGUAUAUAAUCUGGUAUUGAUCCGUAAGUCAGGUGGGUAACAGGCUGGGAGAGUCCGACUGAGCUUCACCUUCAUCCUGCUGUCGGUAAAAGAUGCUGCGCGUGAAGACGGCUGUGUGGCAGUCAUGGCGGGGGUUGAGAACGUUCCCCUGUGCAGCAGUGGAGGUGAAGAACGAGCCGAUCCUGGGCUUCACAGAGGGGAGUGCAGAAAGAAAAGAGCUGCUGAAGGCCUUAGACAGUCUGAAGGGGAAGACGGAGGAGAUCCCGUGUGUGGUUGGAGAUGAACAUGUGUGGACCAAAGACAUCAGAUAUCAGCUGUCUCCGUUCAAUCACUCGCACAAGGUGGCAAAGUUCUGCUACGCUGACAAGGAGCUCAUCAACAAAGCAAUCCUGGCAUCUGUGGCAGCGAGGAGAGAGUGGGACCUGAAGCCCGUCCAGGACCGAGCCCAGAUUCUCUUCAAGGCAGCCGACACCCUCAGCGGACCCAAGAGAGCUGAAGUCAUCGCCAAGACCAUGAUUGGACAGGGGAAGACGGUGGUCCAGGCAGAGAUCGAUGCUGCUGCAGAGCUGAUCGACUUCUUCAGAUUUAAUGCCAAACAUGCCAUUGAGCUGCAGGAGCAGCAGCCGCUGGACGCCCCGGGCAGCACCAACACCAUGCUGUAUCGUGGGCUGGAGGGUUUCGUUGCAGCUGUAGCGCCCUUUAACUUCACUGCUAUUGGUGGAAACCUGGCAGGAACCCCGGCUCUGAUGGGUAACGUGGUCCUGUGGAAGCCCAGUGACACGGCCAUGUCUGCCAGCUACCUUGUCUACAAAGUCCUGAGGGAGAGCGGUCUGCCUCCGAACAUCAUCCAGUUCCUCCCGGCCGACGGACCGGUGUUCGGAGACGCCGUCACCUCCUCUCAGCACCUGGCAGGCAUCAACUUCACCGGCAGCGUCCCGACGUUCAAGCGUCUCUGGAAGCAGGUGGCCCAGAACCUGGACGCCUACAGGAACUUUCCUCGAAUAGCAGGAGAGUGUGGUGGGAAGAAUUUCCACUUUGUCCACAAGUCUGCGGAUGUUGAGAGCGUGGUGAAGGGGACGAUCCGCUCAGCGUUCGAGUACGGUGGCCAGAAGUGUUCGGCCUGCUCCAGGAUGUACGUCCCAGACAGCAUGUGGCCGAGGAUCAGACAGGAGCUGCUGGACAUCCACAAACACAUCACAGUGGGAGACCCGGUGGAAGACUUCAGCACCUUUUUCUCAGCUGUGAUCGAUGACAAGUCGUUCACUCGGAUCAAGAAGUGGCUCGAGCACGCCAAGUCCUCGCCUAACCUGAAAGUCAUCGCCGGUGGUAACUGCGACGACAGCAAGGGUUACUUUGUGGAGCCGACCAUCGUGGAGACAUCAGACCCUCAGGAUGCCAUCAUGAACGAGGAGAUCUUCGGGCCGGUUCUCUCUGUGUAUGUUUAUCCUGAGAAGGACUACAGGGAGGUGCUGCAGCUGAUCGACAACACGUCUCCGUACGCCCUCACAGGAGCUGUGUACGCUCAGGACAAGAAUGUGAUCCAGGAGGCAGCUAAAGCUUUGAGGAAUGCUGCAGGAAACUACUAUGUCAACGAUAAAUCCACCGGCUCCAUCGUCGCUCAGCAGCCGUUUGGCGGCGCCAGAGCUUCAGGAACCAACGACAAACCCGGCGGUCCACACUACGUCCUGAGAUGGACGUCGCCACAGGUGGUGAAGGAGACCCACGUCCCCCUCCAAGACUGGAAGUACCCCUACAUGGGCUGAGUCCAGUACUGCAGCCUGCUGGUCCAAUCAGAGCCCUCUGUCCCGCCAUCAGCCGAUUCUCCAAUCACCAACAACUCAUCGGGCUCCUGAGAAAUGAAUCUGCCCCGUCUGUUUGCACUGAAUCUGGACUUGAAUGAAUGUAUGUGAGGAAAUGAGCGAUGAAGUCUUCCAUCCAUCAAACUGGAGCUGACGAGCCGCGCUGAUCGUUUCUGACGUUCAUAGAUCCUGCAGAUGAUCAGGUUCUACAUCAAAGGUUUUAUUCUGCUUUUAAAUUAAUCAAAUUCCAGCUCAAUUAGUUGAUCAAUCAAAUUAAUCUGCUGCAAUUUCAAUUAUAAAUUAACAAUUUGAGUCAUAUUUUUAAUCUGGAUUGUAAAAUUAACUGGUCCCAUUUAUAAUUUUCCCCGUUUCCUCAUUUCUAAUGAAGAACUGGAACCUGCGAUGGUGUCUGAAUUAAUACCUGCUAGAUAAUCAAUGAUGGGAGUGAUCGCUGGUUAAAUCCAAACCCUGUUUUAGGUCAAUGUGAGGACGAAGUGUCCUCUGAGUGUGUUACUGCUCUGAACCGUCCAAAGUUUAGUUUAACGAUGAAACAAGUUAUUGAUGAGAGAAGAGAAGUUGUCUGUCUUCUGUAGCGUUGCUGGCGUGUUGGAGGACGCCGUCACUCGUCUCGUCUGACAGACUGUCGUUAACACACCAGCUGCUGAAGCGUCACAUGUUUCUGAUCACGUCCACAGUGACUUCAGUCUCUGCUGGUUUGUCCUCCAUCAGUUUUAGACACAAGUGUCUUUAGUUUUUUAAUCGUUUGUCGUCCUCAAACAGAAACAGCUGAUUUAGUAUAUUUUCAGACCGUGCCUGCCUUAGAAACUCUGUACAUUCAGAUGGUUAAUUUUUGACAAAUAAAUAUUAAAUUAUUAAUAUCAAA